AUGGAGAACUUGAUAUCUCUGAACGUCAGUACGAGCCUGUUUCCAUACACCAACACCCCCGAAACCGCCAUUGUGUUGCUGACUCUCAUUAUCUUUAUUCUCCUUUGCUUCUGCGUCUUCCUUUUCUUCAUGACAGCCAUCUUGAGAGUUUUCUUCACCACGCCUCAUGUGAGGGAGAAUGUUCACUAUAUCCUUUUCAUCCACAUGCUCAUUACGGAUACAUUAUAUUUGUUCUGUUCCAUAUUCAUAUUUAUUUCUGCCAUCUACAUGAUUUACAUGCCAGUGCCUAUUUGCUUUGCCGUUAUCAUACUCGCUUCCGCUAGCUUUGUUGUCACCCCAUUUAACUUGGCGUUGAUGUCCCUCGAGCGAUACUCUGCCAUCUGCUACCCACUAAGGCACAAAGAGCUGUGCACUGAGCAAAGAUGCAAUAUGGCGAUGUUGGGGAUGUGGGGUGUGGGAGUAGUCCCUGUCAUUGUUGAGUACAUCACAAUGAGCUACAUGGCCGGGAAGAACUCAGUAUUUGACAACAUUGUGUGUGUGCCCCCUGCAAUGUUUGCCAUCAGUUCAACCAUUCAAAACACAAUGCAAACCAUUAAAUUCUUCCUCAGUUUAGGCACCGUUGGAGUGGUCAUCCUCUUCACCUACAUUAAAGUCAUGCUGGUGGCCUUCAAGUUGGGCUCUAGAAGCUCCUCAGCCUUCAAAGCUGGGAAAACGGUCUUGCUCCACGCCUUCCAGCUCCUCCUGUGCAUGGGCUCAUUCACUUACACAGUAACGGAGACCUACCUGGUACAAUACUUUGUGUUUUUACCCAUUUUCAACUUUUUUUUCUUAAUGUGCUUGCCGAGGUUUAUCAGCCCUGUGAUUUAUGGAAUGCGGGAUGAAGUCUUCCAUAAAGGGAUAAGGAGAUUUUUUUAA